AUGAAUAUAGUCGUAAAAGGAGUUACGAAUAAAGUUGAGAAUGAUAAAGUUGGGAAUGAAAAAGUUGGGAAUGAAAAAGUUGAGAACGAUAAAGUUGAAAACGAUAAAGUUGAGAACAAUAAAAUUGAGAACGAUAAAGUUGAGAGUGAUAAAGUUAAGAAUGAGGUUAAGAACGAAGUUAUGGUUGAAAAUAAGAGUGAAGAGAAGAGUAAAGCUAUUAAUGAAGAGAAGAGUGUAUCUAUGAAUGAAGAUAAGGGUGAAGAUAAGAGUGUAGCUAUGAAUGAAGAUAAGAGUGAAGAGAAGAAUGAAGAUAUGAAUGAAGAUAAGAAUGAAGAUAAGAGUGAAGAGAAGAGUGAAGCUAUGAACGAAGAUAAGAGUGAAGCUAUGAACGUAGAUAAGAGUGAAGAGAAGAGUGAAGCUAUGAAUGAGGAUAAAAGUGAAACUAUGAAUGAGGAUAAGAGUGAAGAAAAGAUGAAUGAGGAUAAGAUUGAAGAGAAAAGUGAAGCUAUGAAUGAAGAUAAGAGUGAAGAGAAGAGCGAAGAUAUGAAUGAAGAUAGGAGUAAGAAUGAAAUGAUAAGUGAUGAUACGAAUCAAUAUACACUUAGAGGUGUACGUUUCAUGGAAGCUAAUUUUAAAUAA